AGUGACGGACAGUGUCAACUUCAGGAGGAAUAUCCUAAGACACCAUGGACGCUACGGAUGCAACGUUCCAUUUGGAUGCAGUUGCACGUUCCAUACCGGAGCCUGUAUUCCCACACAAGGAUCUAAACUCUCACGUCUCUGGACUUCUUCGUGCUACACGACCUUUUUUUGAUACCGACCUUGACUGGAUAUUCCCCAAUAUUGAGGUCCUCCAACAACAGGUCUCAGUAUAUGACACGUUGCUAGACCGCAUCGAUGAAAUCAGAUCAAAAGUGCAAAGCCAUCAUGAUGCAGUUCAGAAGUCAUUGGCGGUGUAUGCGUCAACGCUAGCACCCAUCCGACGUCUUCCCAGCGAUGUUCUUCGAUCCGUUUUUCGCGAGAUACAAAUCUCGCAGUGGCAGAACGCUGGAAAAGCAAAACAGAAAGAUGGCGAGGUGUUGGAUUUUUCACAGGCUCCGUGGGUGCUCAGUGGUAUAUGCGGUGCUUGGAGGGAUAUUGUUCUAUCCUAUCCCCAACUCUGGUCGCAUAUAAUACUUGACUUUCCGCUUCCUCGUACAAUGGGCCUGUCUGGCGAACGUCGGUUUCCCCCUCGUCACGGUCAUACGAUCGACGCACUAAAAGUCGCGAUCCAUCAUUCGGAACGGUAUCCUCUCGAAAUAGUGUUCAAACUUGGCCCUGGUGGCGAUGAAGAUAUGGCCGUUGAAGCUCUUUCCGUGAUUGCCAAGGAGUCAUAUCGGUGGAGGACCUUGGAGCUCUGUACAUUCUUGGGAUUGUUGGAGCGGUUGAAGGUGGUUCGCGAAAAGAUUCCUUGUCUAGAAUCUUUCACUUUGGACGCUUUAGAUAUGUCAAGAAGCGACAGAGCAGACCUGCCUGAAGAUACUCAAUGUAUCUUCGCUGAUGCCCCUCGCCUUCAAAGGGUGAUUUUACGCGGCGCCUACUGUGUCGGGGAUUUCAUAUUUCCUCCUCAUAUCACUCAUCUCGCCGCAUAUGCGAGGAAUUUUUCUAACCUUGGAAUUUAUCGGUCUCUCGUAGAAUGCCAUCUCAGGGUACAUCAAACAGACGAUCAGGAUGUCUCCCUUCCUCUUAACAUCUACCUUCCCAAUGUCCGGUGCCUUUUUGUGUCAUCACUGCGAGUACUGGCACAUCUGUGUCUACCUUCCUUGAAUAAUCUCAGAGUCAAUCGUAUCAACUUGGACCCUGAUGCAAACACGCGCGAUGUUCAGAUCGUGAAUGAUUUCAUCCGACGUUCGCGGUGCUCCCUUCCAGAUUAGUCUUCCAUUCUUCGAACGCAGACGAUCAGAUCUUCGUCUGAGAGUCACUCUUAUUCAUGGACACUCUGGUGUCCUUGGACAUUUUGUUCCUUUGGGGCUCUGAGGAUACCUUCGAUGCUCUUGCUCCUAUUGGAUUCCUCCCGAAUUUGCAGCAUCUACAGUUAUUUUGUUUUGGUAUAUCCGGGUCUUCAUCCCAAGAUUCCCUUGUCGCUAUGAUCUCUUUGCAUAGGGAAAAUCUUCGUUCGGUCAAAAUUUACUGUUCCAGG